AUGUCUACAGUUUCUUCGCCGCGCCCCUCAAUCGCUUCAUCCCGAGCCCGCUCGCCCACACCGGCCUCCUCGCGCCGCCCAUCCCUCGACGCUCUAAACACAUCCAUCACCGGCAGCCUCAGCGCUGCCUCAACCCCCUCAACAGCCCGCGCCGUCUCACCAUCCCUCCACCCACGCCGAAACCGUACAGCCCUCAGAGACUACUACAACCUUAGGCCAUCCGAUGCCGCGGCCGUCGCUGACGGCGCCCCCAAUGUCCGAUCGCGCAGCGUCCCCCGGCACACGGACGCCGGCGACAUCUCCAACCCAUCCGUGGUUAUAACGGGGACAGAACUCGACAGUCCCGAUUUUGACCCACAGCGCUACGUCAAUAACCUCCUAGCUACGAGCUCCUUGUCUACGAUACUCAAAGCGGAAAAUACGCUCGUUGGCGACAUCCGCACGCUCGAUGGCGAGCGCAAGGCGUUGGUGUACGAUAACUAUUCGAAGCUGAUUCGCGCGGUCGAGACGAUUGGGAAGAUGAGGCAGAGUAUGGAUGAGCGAGGGGCGCCGCUGACUAUGACCAAGACAUUGGGACCGGCCAUUGCGUUUGUGGCGGAGACGGCGGGUGGGUUGAUCCAGGAGGGGGAGGAAUUGAGGAAGCGGAUGAGAGAGGCGAAGGACAAUGCGGGGGAUGAAUCAGGGAGGAAACUAGCGGAGAAGGAGACAGUUAAGUGGGUUCUAGCGGCGCCGAAGAGACUAGAGGGGCUUGUUAUGGAUGGGAAGAGGGAGGAGGCGGAGAAAGACUGGGAUGAGGUGCACAAGCUGCUCGAUAAGUGGCACGAGGUCAAGGGUGUUGCGGAGGUACGAGAGGCUUGUGAGAAGGUUAUGCAAGUCGACGAUGCUUGA